CGUAAAUUGUGAUGAGAUGCUUUGAACAUUUAAUUCUAUUUCAUAAUCAGAAACAAUUGUCAUUUCUUAAUGAAGCUUUUUAAAAUUGGGAGGAAAAGGCUUCUAAUUGCUAAAUUAUUAAAAAUCAGAACAAUUUUACUCUGCACAAAUUAAUUAUGAAAUUGUUUGUAAUUAAAUGAGACUGAUCAGUUUUGGUCCAUAUUAUUUAAUUUCAAUUAACAUUUAAUGAUUUUGUCUUAUCUGUAAACUAACCAAUGCUGCAGCACCUGGAUCUCUUACGCAACUGCAGCUCUCAGAUGGAGCCGUGCAUGUGAAAUGCGUGACACAGCAAGUCUGGGAAAAGUCGCAGUGAGUGCUGCAGUGAGGUCCCGCUCCAGAACACACCCUGCUCUAUCCUGCGGAGCAUCCACCAUCAGCGCACCUCUGCGAGGAAGACAGCCCGAACCGAACCGAGUGCUGCGGUGAUAUUGCACCGGCGCAAGGAUGGCUCAAAAUGACAAAGAUCCGAUCCAGGCCACAGGGACCCUCUCUGAGGGCCAGCUGCAGUUCCACCUCAAGAUGGAGCCCAAGACUCUGGGGGCAAUCCAAGUCGUCAUUGGGGCCUUGAUCCUUUGCCUGAGUGUCUCUGUGCUCAACAUCCAUGAGGUCCAUUACACGAGAGACGUGGCCUUAGUUUUGGUCGUCGUCAUUCAGGUGAUCUCGUCUGGAUCGGUGUUGAUGCACAGUGGCAGGAAACCGUCUCUGUUCUGGGUGAAAUGUGUUCUGGUGCUCCAUCUAAUCAGUGCUGCAUUAGCCACUGCUGCUCUGGGCGUCAUGUCCACCCACCUGCCGUACAGACAGGACUCGUACCACUGUGAGCACUGCCGCCGGCUGGAGCUGCACGCCGUGCAACAUUGUUUCAGAAAAUGCACCGGGCUGAUCGAGCAAAAAUGUAAACUUCUGAUCGACGGGGUUCUGGGAACGUUGGUGAUCUUUCUGGUGCUGGAACUGCUGAUCUGCAUCACCACGAUGCUGUUUGAGCUCAGUGUCUUAGCUGCAGGUGGAAAACAGCGGACUUCCAGCCAGAGACCUGCCUACCCACAGACUCGCCCCCCACCAGCUCCAGCCGUGCAAGUGGUCCACACCCCCCCGGCAGAACCAGAGCCAUCCCAGGUGGCCGUCGUGGUGACUGAGCUUGAUCCAGAGCACAUAGAGGACAUCUCCACCCCAGUGACUGAACCCCAAGUGGAGCCGAUAUAAACUGUUGCCAGAGAGUAAAAGUGGAUGUUUCACGAAGGAAAAUCACUUUGAAUUUUACUAAUAGUUUAGAUUGGACUCUUGUUUGUAAAAAGUAAGCAAUGUAUCUGUAGAUGGCAGCAUUCUGAGGCACUUUUCACAUAUUCAGUCUGUUGUUGUGAUGCACUCAGACCUUUGUUUAAAGAAGCAGCAGUGGGGAAGUUUGUUAUAUACACUUAAGUGUAAAUUGAUUGUUUCAGUCAUAUCUCUGUGUAUGUUGAUAAAAAUGGCAGUAAUAGGACUAAGUAUUAUUCAAAUACAGCUUCAGGUGGACAUUUCUUUUUUCUUCAGGGGUUACCACAGUGAAUAAUCCUCCCAUUAUAUCACGUGCUACAAAAAAGGCCACUAUAAUAGCACCUCAAUGAUAGAAGCUCAGAGAUACACUUUUUAACACAUAAUCGUCAGUGUUCACUUUUUGUUUGAAGCUAUCCAUCUCCCACAUAAGCAGGACUGGACUUGGACAACACCGUUUUAAAUCAAUAGGGUGUGAACGGUUUGAGUCACAUCAGAAUUUGUGGUUGCAGAUACGAUUCAAUUUCGGUUUAUUUUGACCGAUCAGAUUUGAUCUGAUUCACUGACUUAAAAUCGAUCCAGGAAAUCUUUAGCCAAAAAUUCACCCAAUGUGACACAGAGAUAAAUGCCUGGUACUGAACAUUGCAGGUGAAGUUUUCCAGAUUUCUUGUAUUUCUUGCAAGGAAAUCAUGUUGUGCACAAAUUGAGUGUACAAACAAGUAAACAAGAAUUAAUGGAAAAUCCGUUCACAUUUUGUGUUUUUCCAGCAUAAAAGUUAUACAAAGGGAGCAUUAUUAGAAGAUUCUACCACACUGUAUGGUCAGGUGUCUUUUGCAAAAUUCAGUGUUUGGACUAUAUUGAUGGAUUGAUCAUUUUUUACUUCCAUCACAUGUGUGUUGUGUCUGCUGUGAUGACACUAGGUCGUUCUUAUGUUAUAGUAAAAUACAUUUACCAUGUCGCAAUCCAAAUGGUAUUUUCAAAAAUCGAUUAUCAAUUUAUCUCAUUUUGAAAAGAUUUUUUAAUGGUAUAGGUUGAUUUGAUUCUGCUUCAGACAGAUCGAUCUGGUUGGAUCACAGGAUUAGAAUUGGAUUCAUUGACUAACUGUUGCCCCAUUGUAAAUCAAUACCAAUGUCAUCUGACGUAAGAACACAACUGAACACUUCCGAGAAGUCAAACUGAUCAAACUUCUGAUUUUAUGUGAAUCUGUUGAUGAUAAGUUUGCUGAUUGUUCACUUGUUUUGUCAAAAUCAAACUAUGAAUGAAAAAAAUGUUUGUUUACUGCUGUAGAAAAGCUUUCACACACACACAGUAGUACCCUGUAUGUAUUUAUAAUCAAGUCUUAUUGUGCAGUGAGGAAGAAAGCAACAUUUCUGCAGCUCUGAGUUGUAUAGCGCCACUAAAGGGACUUGGAAAUAAAAAAAAGAAAGAAAAAAGUACUGGUUUCUCUUGUGCAUGAGAAAGUAUCUGGUGCUCCUUCCUGUUCUACCACCAGUGCUGGAAUGUAAAUGUUCAGUUUUAAAGACAUUUUAAACA